UGCAAACAGCAGACGAAUGCUAUGUACGUGUCAUUUGCUCUUCGCCUGCGUCUCUGCAAGAAGCCUGAAUGCAGGAAGAAGUUCAUCAGCGGUUCUCUGGUUGAUGCUUCGCUGAUCUACAAAGACAAUAAUGUACGCGAUGUCAUCUGGGUACCUUAUGCGGAAUCUAGUCGAUGUUUUGCACCCUUCUCCCCAUUGACUCAAAACUGGCCAGACGUGCAAGUCCUCUUGCGUAGAUCUGACUGGAAUCAUUUCUUCGAUGAGUAUCGUAUAUUUCAAAGUAGUCCGAAGUCGUCAGCAGUGGCGAAGCAAUGCGAAGCCCAUAUCAAGAGAUUGCAUCAGAUUAUGACGUUGGCUGUGGCAUUGAUGGACUGGAAAGAAGCUCACGAAAAAUUACGGCGACGUGUGAAAGGGAAAAACCAGUCCUGGACUCAAGCACUUGCAAGACAAGAAGGCAUAAGACCAAUGUACUGGAAGAGUUAAACCCAACAGAUUUCUCGUUGGUUCGGGAAGACGUGGAGGCACAACUACUCAACAUGACGGAACGCCGGCAGCGAAGCAUGAACGAGCACUAUUAUCGACGCCGCAGGAUUGAAGUAGAGCAACACUUUAAUCGCCUCAAGUCAGAGGGAAAUUUUGUACUCCCCACGCUCGCGGAAUUUCGUAAGUUACCCGUCAUGCAGCUAGUUCAAGGGAAAGUCGGAACUUCAAACAACAGUUUUGCUGGAGACUUAAAGAAUUCCCUAUUAAUAGCAGAGUUGAUUCAGGGUGACCUGAGAAAAUGGAUGGAGCCUGUAGUAGAUGCUCUUUCCAGUGAACUUGGAUAUCCGAAUUGGAAGAGUGCCAGCACCAAGAAGCUGUCUCCUGUCAAGAGGCUAACCGCCCGAUUCAAGUGUAAAAGGUGUGACAGAGUGGCUAAGAAGUACUCCAACGAUGGAUGCCUUGACUUCGAGGGUGUUUGUGCGCAUCAAUGCCCUCAUCUUUCAGAGAAGGAAGCAAAGCAGGGUAGCUGGAGAGUUGAAGAUUUUGUGAAGGAUGAAAAGGCAAUUCGAGUCAUCUCUCAGGCUCUUACUCUAUGCGGAGCGAGAGAAGACGAUCCGAGUUCGGCGGAUGUUGUCAAGAGCUUUGGCCCUCGGUUCAAGUGCUUGUCUUGUUCUGCCAAGAUUGUGAUGGGUUUUAGCUGUCUUGUUGGUCAUGCUCAUCGGCACGAUGAGAUGAAAGUUGAACUAGAAGCAGAAAGAGAUAUAUUUUCUAUCAACAUAUUUCCCAUUUUGGAAGGGCGUUCUGCCACAUUGAUGAACCUCAGCUAUCGAUCUAAGAAGCAGCGGGAACUCCGUGUUUAUGGAUGCCGACAUUGUUUACCAGGCGGUGAUAUCAGGCCAGAAAUCUCAUCAUAUGAUACGGUUCCCCGUGAAGGUCGAGACACUGCACGGGCGGCCACCGCAUUCCCUUCGGCGAGCGAAGAAGCGAAGCGUCAUAAAAAGAUACAAUUCUUCAGCUUCGAUGGAUUGAGAUCACACGCAAAGAACAAGCACCAUAUUGAACUACUACGGGACGAAGACUUGUUCUAUCAACCGCCGUCGCAUUUAAGUGUGAGAUUGUUUCGGAGCUAAGUAGGGGACAGGAAAUAUCGGAAAGAUCGAAGUGAGGCUUGGAAGAAAUCAGACUUGGAAUAUCGUUUCCCGAGGUAGGUUUGCACGGGUAUUUUCCAUACGGUCCGUUGGCGAUGCGCACGAGUUCAAUCAUACCAGUCGAGUGUUUCUUUGGGCCAGUUGUAGUUUGGAUGUAGUAGUGACGGUACGCAGAAUCCAGCAUCCUUCUACAAUGCGAAUUCCCGCCAUACCAAAGA